AGACUUGCAUUAAAAAAGGCAAUGCCCAGCUUUCAAAUUAUAUUGUAAUUGCAUUGCAACUUACAACUGUGGCUGAGAAAAAUAGAAUUGAAGCUGUGUCCAGCUGAGGCUUGAACCUGCUGGAGUUGUGUGAGCUGCUGCAUUUGAAGCUCUGUCAUCAUAUAGUGCAGGUGUCAGCCAAAAUAGGCAACUGAACCGGAGACAGUAGAAUAUGGCUGGACAAAUAUCGGAAUCUGAUCAGAUUAAGCAGUUCAAAGAGUUUCUGGGAACAUACAAUAAACUCACAGAAAACUGCUUCCUGGAUUGCGUGAAGGAUUUCACAAGCAGAGAAGUGAAACCAGAAGAGAUAACCUGCUCAGAACACUGCCUACAGAAGUAUUUGAAGAUGACACAAAGGAUCUCCAUGCGAUUUCAAGAGUACCACAUUCAGCAGAACGAAGCUCUGGCAGCUAAAGCAGGAUUGCUUGCCCAGCCGCGUUAGACAAGAGUGCUCUGUUCAGACUUUUUAAGCAGUGCCAAUGUUCACUGGACAAGAACACAUUUUGGAUUUUCAGCUUUCGGGAUGUGUGUCCAGCAGCUCAGAAGGGAGUUACAGAUGCUGCUUGGAAGAUGGAAACCGUGAAGAGUUACCCAAGGAGUUAUGGGGGCUGAAGUGCAGUCUGGUUCUGAGGUCCUGGUGAGGACACAAAAAAAAAAAAAA